ACCUGCAAACCCACAGGCUGUUGCCAGCUGGGCAGGUUUGGUUGGCAACGCGCAGCGUCCUAACCAAACAUUUCCCCGUCAGAAUGCAAUCGCUCCGAGUGGUUUUCCGGCUGUUGGGGGCGCAGCCCCUUGCAGGCGCCCAGUGCCGAGCGGUGAAGCGCUGGGUGAGCCCCACCAUGAGGGUGAUAGUGCUCAGGAAGAAGGCGCUGGGGCCCCAGCCGGAGCAGCGGCGCUCCCAGUUCCUGGAGUGGAACGAGGAGGUGGAGCUGCGCUGCUUCUCCAAGCGGCUGGGCGAGGAGUUCGAGGGCAAAGCCCUGCGCGAAGCGUUCGUGCAGCCGGAGUGGGCCAACGUCCAGGAGUUCCAGGCCAGGCAGGCUGGCGACACUGCCUUUGAGCCCAUUGCGCACAACCGGGAGCUGGCGGAAAACGGGGCCCAAAUCAUCUCCCAGACCAUUCGGGGGGCGUACGCCCCCUCCUACCCAUCUGACGUGGUGGAGGGCAUCCACAGCCACUUGACUUCGCAGGAAAUGCUGGCGCAUGUGGGCAAGCACCUGGGCAUCAAGGACCUGAUCAAAUCCCUGGAGUACCCCCCAGAGGAGCGAAGCCUAGCGGACACCUUCAGGGCCUUAGUGGGGGCCCUGGCGCUUUCCAGCCCCGCAGGGCGCGUGCAGAGAUUCGUGGACGACUUCCUGCUGUGCCAGAUGGUGGGCAAGGACGUGUACGACAUCUGGGCGCCAGCGCAGCCCUACGAGUACAUGCUGCGGCUGCUGCAGGCCAAGGGCGUGGAGCAGGUGGAGCCCCGCCUGUGCAACCAGAGCGCCAGCAACACGAUUCUGGCCAACUUCCAAGUGGGGCUCUACGACGCCAAGAGCAAAACCUGCCUGGGCCUGGGCUGGGGCGAAAACAUCAAAACUGCCAAGGAAACGGCCGCUUUGGACGCCAUCCAGCGCCUCCAUGCCAGUGAUUAAAGCCCCAUUUAGUUAAA